UGGUCUGUUUCUCAUCUUUGGCUAGUGGAAUAACUCAUUGCUUCCUUUCCCCUACUGUGUGGCCACAGUUAUUUUACUCCGAGGUGAUGGGUUAGAAGUGAGGUAGGACAGAAGCCCCUUCCGCUUCGUGUUUUAUAAGAGCGAAGAUCAAAAUCUAAAUGAUCAGAAAGAUACUGAGUACUUUGCUAAAUGGAAAAGCCAUGACGCCUGCUGUUUGAGCGAGACUGAUUCUGACAACUACUCAGCCGAGCAACAAGAUUAUUUUCUGUGAGUGAUUCAGAUUGCAAACGUUUGUGCUGAGAGAUACUACACUCAGCCACUGAAGGACAAAGCUACAGUGCAAUUUUCAAGAUGAGAUUCAGCCUGGAGUUAGCCACUCUUCUCUGCUUCGUCACAUGGAUGAGCUUGGUCUAUGCAACCCAUGGACCCGUGGCAAGCUGUUGUCUCAGAUGGUCCAAAACCAGAGUCCGACAUAUAAAAAUUAUGAAUUACACCAUUCAGCCUGAAGGCAUCUGUCCCACCACAGCUGUAGUGUUUCAGACUAAGUCUGGAAAGAGACUUUGCUCUGACCCUAACAGCGAGUGGGCAAAAACAGCCAUUCUGAUGGUGGAGAAGGCGAAAAAAGAGUUGCUACAGAUGGAACAGAAUGAACAGGGAUCAACAAGUGACAUGGAAGCAGCAGUGUCCACUAAAUCAAAAAAAGCACCGCGGAAGAAAGGCAGGAGAAUAAGCCGACGGGGGAAAAAUUACAGGAGGGGGAGGAAGGGGCAGAGAAAACCUGCCUGAGGAAUCACAAGAAAAGUCAAAGUUACCACUGUCAGCAAACUUUACUCUUUCCAAUUGGACUUGUCUUGCUAUAUCACAUUAACAGUAAAUAAACAUGAAACAAAGGAGACUUUUAUAUAUUAUUAUACUGAUGAUUAAAUAUGCAGCAUAUAUACUAAAUAUAUGUUGUCCAUAACUUGUUGUAUAAAUGUGUGUGUAUAACCUUUCCCACUGUCAGU